AUGGUCAAGGUCAAAGUUGAGUUCCUAGGUGGGCUUGAUGUUAUAUUCGACAAGGAAAGAACCCAUAAGGUGACGGUUGCGGCCGACGCCGGGUCUGACGUGACAAUGGGCGAUUUGAUUGAUUACAUUGUGGACAACAUGAUUAAAAACAGCAACGACCGAUGUGUUUUCAUUGAAAACGACAACAUCAGGCCCGGAAUUCUCACGCUUAUUAAUGACACCGAUUGGGAACUUGAGGGCGAAAAAGAGUAUGUGCUAGAAGACGGCGACGUCGUGUCGUUCACAUCGACGCUUCACGGUGGAUAA